UGUGCUGCGGAAGAGGGAUGAAGGAGAUGGCUGAACUCAGAUAGCCCUGUCUUUGGAAAUACUGUUUAUCAUGGACGAUUUCCCGGUGAGAAUGAGGACCGGCGGACGGCUGCUCGGUCUAGCAGUGGUGUUUCUCUGGUGUGCGGGCUCUGUGCGCUGUUUCGGCCAGGACCUAGACACCGAGUUCACGUUUUUGCUACCGGCCGGAAGAUCCGAGUGUUUCUUCCAGACAGCAGUAAAGAAUGGUACGAUGGAGGUCGAAUAUCAGGUGAUAGCGGGUGCUGGUAUGGACGUAGACUUCACCGUCGUCUCACCUGAAGGUGUCCGACUCAUCGUCGAGACUCGUCGUUCUGAUGGAGUCCAUGUAGUGGAACCCACAGUGGAGGGAGACUACGAAAUCUGCUUCGACAACAGUUUCAGCCGCUUUUCGGAGAAGAUGGUGUUCUUUGAGAUCAUCAUCGAGGGUCAAGGAGGAGAUGUGGGUGGAGAUGAUGAGUGGCCGGGCUUAGAGGAGCCUGACGGAAGUCUGCUGGAAUACAAGCUUGAAGAUAUCAGGGAGUCCAUGGACGCUCUGCACAAGCGUCUGGAGCGCAGCCGGCAGAUGCAGACAGUGUUACGAGCUUUUGAGGCCCGAGACAGAAAUCUUCUGGAGGAUAACCUCUGGAGGGUCUCGUUCUGGUCCUGUGCCAGUGUUUUGGUGAUGCUGUGUGUGGCGCUGACACAGGUCUACACUGUGCGCAAACUGUUUGACGACAAGCGGAGGGUCUGCACAUAGUGGGGGCAUAAAACACGGAUUUGGAAAGAGAACGCUUGGAGCAAUAAUUAAAUGUUAUUGGAUCAUAGUGGUUUAUCAGAGGAGCUUGAGAACAUUUUUUUUUUUUUUUUUUUUUCAUUUCAUUCAGUGCCUUUAAUGUCAGAUCCUGCCACAAGCAAAUGAGGAAAUAUCAUGUUUAGUAUAACUGCUGUCCUACACUUCCAGAAAUGGUUAAAGGUUUGGAAUCAUUCUUUGCAAAAGUGACAUAACCAUCAGUAAAGGUCGGUUGAUGACACCACUUUGCUGGUUUACAGGGGAUAACAAUGUGCAAUAGUGCUUUACAUAUGUGUGUUAUUGCGUGUGUCUUGACAGUGUAAGAUUCGACUUGAUGAUUUAAUUGUUUACUUUCUUUUUUUUUCUGGACAGGUUCCUGAUUUCUUUUUUUAGUUAAGAAACAGAGCCGAAUUUCAAUUCUGUGAAAAGAAAUCAAAACCCUGUCCAAGAAGAGAGAAGGUCCUGAGUUCAUGUGACGGUACAAGUUCAUGCUGACAUUUAGAAAAUGAAUAAUAAAUAAGGGGAAUGACAGUUCAGGUAUGUUUUUUAGGAUAAUUCAGAACAAAUAUACUGAUUGUGUUUGUCUGUUUUAGGAUUUUUCUUUUCUUUUUUACUAAGAACAAAUGUUUCUGAGAUAACAUCAGGUUUUCAUGGGAGUCAUUCAUGAAAAUAAAGACAUUUUUACACAGGAA